AUGGCCUUGUCUCCUGCAGCACCUGAUGGCGGCAUUAUGACUGGUGAGCCGCCGGGAAAGCCAGCGGAUCUCAAAAAUUUCCACAACUACGCCGUCUGUCUGGCGCGUCACAACGCCUGGAAGUUCUUCAAGCUCCUCUUGUCCGUGUAUACGCGAGCCAAGAGGAGCAUCGGCGACCCCUUGAAGUGCUACCCGACAAAAUCCCGUGGUCACAUACUCGGACACCUGGGCUGGAAGCUAGAGCGAAUGUGCGCAGCCAACACCGACUUCUCUUCGUCGGACAGGCUCACCGCGUACAUCGACUACGUCGCCGCCACCCGACAUGAAAUGCGGAGUCUGCCUGAAAUGCGCGACCAUAACCUCAUUCGUUGUCUCUUCUGCAACUUGAUCAAGUACGACGACGCGGCACUCGACGCGAACAAUGGGACAGUACCAAUGGAUAUCGACCCCCGUAAAGACUCAUUCAUGUAUGACCAGGCCGACGACGCCAUGGACGUCGAUGAGUUUCCAGCUACGCCCAGUUCGCAGCCACAACCCAACACCCCCCUCGAUUUCGAUGGCACCGGCACAGCGGGUUCGAGCGCGACAGAAGUCGCUGCCCCCCGUGAAGAUACCCCCAUGGAGAUCGACUGGGUAGGCACUAGUAUCGUUGAGGAGACCCAGGAACCCACGGGCGCUCCGGGCUCCUCCCACAACGAUGCUACAGAGCAUGGUGCUGCUGGCAGCUCGGCAAAGGUCUCUGGACCUGCUAGAGCAACCCAAGCUCCCGUCAUGGUGCGAACUCGAAAGUCCGGGAAGGAUCGAGUAGAGGAAGCGUACAGCAAGGAACGCCAAAACGGGAUGGACUUUACCUUUAGGAACCGCGAAUUCCUCGAUGACAGCGUUCCCAAUGGGGACCGAACCAACCUAUUGCAGCGAAUUCUCUCGACUUUGAAGCAGGAGAAUGAUGGCUGGACGAAGCGUCACGGAUCACUUGGAAUUACCGACUGGCGCCUUGAGCUGUGGGCACAAACAAUGGAGGAUGGUGUCGCAAAGGGGGCGGACGAAAACCAUCCAGAUCCCGAGUCGUUCAUGCCGACGGAGAUCACCGACAAGAAGGUCUACGACCGUGGCGUACGGGGCAUCAUCGCAAAGAUGCAAGAUCCCCUUGCCUUCUUCAAGAGCACGGUUCGGAGGUUCAAGAAGGAGGUCUCUUUCGUGGAGGACGACAAGCCGGUCGUGGUCAUGAAGUCGUCCGUGAACAGGAAUCUCCCUCCGCGUCCUAGCGCGCUUCGUGACGACACUGUCUUCAACAAGGGGGCGACGAGGACUCUGGACAUGGCCUUCGACAGGCGCGAUGUCGUCCAAAGCGCGCGUAAGCGAAGCUGUCUCAAGUGCACGUGA